CCCGAGGGCGAAGACCUCAACGAGACGAAGGACGACGACGACGACGAGGAGGAUGAAGAUGAGGAUGAGGACUCUGAGGAGGAGGACUCCGAGGAGAGCGACGGCGGCCGGCCAUCGAAACGCGCCAAGACCAGUGGCAAAAAGGACAAAAAGAAGAAAAAGAAGAAGAAGAAGAAGCCCCGCCACGGAGGCUUCAUCCUCGACGAGGCCGAGGUGGACGACGAGAUCGAGGACGACGAGGAGUGGGAGGACGGCGCUCACCAGGAGAUCAUCGACAACAACAAGCACCUCGAUGACAGCAGCCACCGGGACAUGGACUCGCAUCGACGGCUGCAGAUGAUGUGGAACAACCAGAAGGAGGACGAGAUCGAGGACUACUACCGGCGGAAGUACGCCGACCAGACGGUGGCGGAGCGCGGCUACGAGGAGGGCUACGACGUGCCCGACGAUAUCACCCAGCAGGCGCUUAUGCCCGGCGUGAAGGACCCCAAUCUGUGGAUGGUGAAGUGCAAGAUCGGCGAGGAGAAGGCGACGGUGCUGCAGCUGAUGCGCAAGUACAUUGCCUUCAGCAAGACGGAGGAGCCGCUGCAGAUCAAGUCGGUGGUGGCGCCCGAGGGCAGCAAGGGCUACAUCUACAUUGAGGCGUACAAGCAGACGCACGUGAAGAACGCCAUUGCCAAUGUGAACAACCUGCGGAUGGGCGUGUGGAAGCAGACGAUGGUGCCCAUCGGCGAGAUGACCGAGGUGCUGAAGGUGACCAAGGACAGCAGCAACAUCAAGGUGGGCCAGUGGGUGCGGCUGAAGCGGGGCCUCUUCAAGGACGACCUCGCCCAGGUCGAUUACCUGGACACGGCGCAGAACCAGGUGCACCUGAAGCUGAUUCCCCGCAUUGACUACAGCCGCCUGCGAGGGGCGCUGCGAAAUACGGAGAACGAGGCGGCGAACGCGGCGGCGGCGAAGCGGAAGCGCUUCAAGCGGCCCGCGGCGAAGCUCUUUGACCAGGACGCGGUGCGGGCGAUCGGCGGCGAGGUGUCCACCGACGGCGACUUUAUCAUCUUCGAGUCGAACCGCUAUCGCCGGGGCUUUCUCUACAAGCAGUUCAACAUGAACACGGUGCUGGUGGACGGGGUGAAGCCGACCCUAAGUGAGCUGGAGAAGUUUGAGGAGCAUCCUGAGGGCAUCGAAAUUCAGCUCUCCGAGACGACGAUCGCCGAAGACAAGGGCCACACCUUUGCGCCGGGCGACCAGGUGGAGGUGUGCGACGGCGAGCUGGCCCAGCUUACCGGCAAGAUUCUCUCCAUUGACGGGAACAAGAUCACCAUGCUGCCCAAUCACGAGGACCUGAACACGCCGCUGGAGUUUCCCUCGCACGAGCUGAAGAAGUACUUCAAGCUGGGCGACCACGUGAAGGUGAUUGCCGGGCGGUACGAGGGCGACACGGGCCUCAUUGUUCGCGUGGAGGACAACCAGAUUGUCCUCUUCAGCGACCUGACGAUGCACGAGCUGAAGGUGCUGCCGAAGGAUGCGCAGCUCUGUCAGGACAUGGCCACCGGGGUGGACUCAAUGGGCCAAUAUCAGUGGGGCGACCUGGUGCAGAUUGACCAGCAGACGGUGGGGGCGAUUGUCCGCCUGGAGAAGGAGAGUUUUCAGAUCCUCAACAUGCACGGCAAGCUGAUUCACAUGAAGCACCAGGCGAUUCUGAAGAAGAGGGACACGAAGCGGGCCGUCUCGCUCGACUCAGACUCCAACCAGAUUCAGGUGAAGGACCAGGUGCGGGUGACGGACGGCCCGUACACCGGGCGCCAGGGCGAGAUUAAGCACCUCUUCCGGGGGACGGCCUUCCUCUACUCUCGGCUGGUGCUCGAAAACGGCGGCAUCUUUGUCUGCAAGACGCGGCACCUGCUGCUGCAGGGCGCCUCCACGAAGAGCCCGGCGACGCUGGGCAGCGGUGGCAGCAGCUUGGGCGGCGCAACUCCUGGCUCGUCGACGCCCUCGGCCAGUCCGAUGCAUGCUGGUUUCAUGUCGCCGAGGAUUCUCGCAUCGCCUGCUCAUGGAGGAGGAGGAGGAGGAGGUGGUGGGGGAAACCAACGAGGAAAUCAACAAAAUCGAGGCGGUGGCGGAGGAGGCGGCAGCGGUGGCGGUGGCCCUGGAGGCAGCGGCGGCGGCGGCUACCAGCGCAGCGGCCGCGACCGCUCCGAUCUGGAGCUGAUCGGCAAGACGAUCAAGAUCACCCAGGGCCACUACAAGGGCUACAUUGGCAUUGUGAAGGACGCGAUUGGCUCGACGGCCCGUGUGGAGCUGCACACCACCUGCCAGACGAUCACGGUGGACAAGAGCCGCAUUGCGCGGGUGGACGCCGGCGGACGGGUGAUCAGCGGCGAGCCGGGCGCGACGCCCUCCGCCGCCAGUACGCCCGCGUACUCGCUCACCAGCGGACGGACGCCGCUCUACGGGUCGCAGACGCCGAUGCACAGCGGCGGACGGACGCCGAUGCACGAUGGUUCGAGGACGCCGAUGCACGAUGGCAGCAGGACGCCCCUUCACGGAAGCUUGGAUGGCUCCCGGACGCCCGGAUGGGAGAGCGGAGGCGGGGCGACGCCGGGCAGGGUGGGCGGCCCCAGCUCCACCGGCGACUACGACGACUACCUCGAUCCGAGCCCCAGUCCGGGCACUGGGCUGGGUGGCGGCGGUGGUGGUGGUGGCAGUGGCUUUCUGGCGCCGCAGACGCCCAGCUACGCCAAUCCGGACACGCCGCAGGCGCCCUACACCCCCGGCAUGUACAGCAGCUCCGAUACGGGCUACUCGCCCUACGGGCAGACGACUUCGCCCUCUCCGGGAGGCUAUCAUGGACCAGGUUCUGUGGGCGGUGGCAGUUCUCACGGCGGCGGCGGCCUGAGCGCCCCCUCGCCCUCGCCCGGCAGCAGCUACCUGGCGCCCAGUCCGGCGGCGUACGGCUACUCGCCGAUGAUGGCCGAUGUCAACGGGCCGAUGUCCAAUCUCAAUCCGCAGACGCCGGGCGCGGGAAUGAUGGGCGGCGGCGGUGGAGGCGGAGGCGGCGGUCCGGGCGACUCGAUGGGCGGCUACGGCCACGACUGGCAGUCGGCGGACAUUGAGGUGCGCAUCAAGGCGUGCCACGACGACCAGGACCUGCGGG